AUGGGACCGGGCUCUGCAGACGUCGCCCGGCCGGUGGUUGAUCUUACGCGUAAAGAUGUUAGUUUCAAAUGGACAGAGCUUCACACGCAAGCGGUGCGGCAGCUCAAACAGCGCUUAACCGACUUCACUACAUUACAAGUUCCUGACACCACGAAACCCUUCGAGUUGUACACAGACGCCUCUGGUUACGCAAUCGGAGCAGUUAUGGAACAAGACGGCAGACCCAUCGGCUUCCUCAGCCAAGUCAUGAACCUCACGCAACAGAAAUACUCGAUCUACGACCAGGAACUCUUGAAGUUGGUCAUGGCACUGGAGAAGUGGUCGCACUUGCUCCGUGUCUCCAAGGACAAGCGAGCGCGGCUCCCCGCUCUCGUGGUCGGCCUCCCAACUACAGGGAGCUCGCCGGACUUCGUUCGCAACGACCUAGACGACGCAACAUGCCGUCCGCACCUUCACCUGCGCCGCCGGAACCCAACACAGAUUUGCGGAAUUUAG